CAUCUCAAUCAUCGCCAAUAGUUCCAUUACAUCCGCCAUUCGUCACCUUGAUAUUAAAUUGGAUUUUGCAUUUUAUUACGUUUAAACAUAAUAACCACAACUCGCAAGCAGUGUCGUUCUUGACAACUUUUAAAUUUCACCGCUAGAGGCGCGCGGAUAAUCUUUGCAUCGCCAAUAGAGUUUAUCAACUUUGAACUUUAUAUACAACGUAGAAGAAAAAAAAAACUUAUGGUUCUGUCUGUGACGCAAUGAGUGCCCGUGUGACGCGUGUCUGUAGCGUAAUCAUAAAGAAUUACCUACGUCAUUAUUCAAUAACGUUCAAUACCAAAGAGCAAAGAGUAUAAUAAGUAUAGGGGAAGUCAAUAGGUACCUACCUAGUACCCUAGUACCUACCAAAAAGUGUAAAUAGGCGUCAUUAGUUAUCGUGGUUGCGAUACGAACGUAAAUAAAUAUCUCGAUAACAUAUUUUAUUGACUGUCGUACUGAAUUGAACUGAAAAAAUGAAGUUGUCUACGCCUAGAUAUACGUUUUGUUUAUUUUUUCAAGUUAUAUUCAUGCUCUGUGAUCUUUUAUUUAAUUGUGUAAGCUUAUUCCCAAGAAGCCGCGAUGGAUUACUUGUCCUAUUCAUAUUUCAAGACUUGUUCCUUGUACUCUCCAUCACAACGAUGUUAAUGACAUUCUUCUCAACCUAUUUGUUUCAAGCAGGUCUGGUGGAAGUGUUGGUGCGGAAGUUCCGCGCGGCGGGCUCGGUGUGUGUGGCGUACAUUGUCGCGAGUGUCGCGCUGCACGCCGCGUGGCUGCUUGAGAAAUGGGCUGAACCCGAGUCAGUGUCUACUCCUUUGCUGAUUUGCUUGUUUACUCUACAGAGAUGCUUAUCUCCAUGGUAUUACUUCUUCUACAAGAGAGCAGCACUGAGGGUCAGCGACCCUCGUUUCUAUGAAGACAUUGACUGGAUCAAUCAGCAACUGCAAGCUCACUAGAUAAUUAGUUUCCCAGUGAAAGCAGACCGGUCUCAUUAUAUUGACAGUAUAGUAGUACUGAUAUGCCUGCCAUAGCUGUGCAUAAUGUGUACCUAUGAUGUCUAUCUGGUUACUCGAACCAUGGUAAUUCUAUAUUAUAUUUAUAGGUUUUGUGCAAUUCCAAGUUUUAGAUCUUGUAUCGAAUCAUCGUUUGUUAUUUUAAUAGAUAUCAUUAAAGUAACCAUAUAAUUUACCCCAUAAUUAAUUGAGACUAGCCCCUAUAAUAUUCGGAGUCGCGGAGAACCUAACGGGUAACCGGGGCUCCGGCUCGACGUGCAGAAGAAGG